AUGACAGACGUUGGCGAUGGAUGGGGAUCUCCAUAUGACGAUCAAACCUAUGUGAAUGCAUACGAUCAACUGGAAAUCGCUCUUUUGGAACCACUGGAUCGUGUUCUCCCAUUGGCAAACUUAGAAGAAUUUCGGCCGAAGUUCAAAAAUCAACAGAAUCCAAGACAAAAGAAAAAGGGCAACAGCGGAGAUGCGGAAUGGAAAGAUGCGAUUUAUGGAUUCGGUACCACAGACGAGUCGGAUAUUGAUGAUCAUGAAUUGAGAAAAAAUUAUUUUCAACCACCUCUUCAAGUUCAAAGAAACUCUUUUGUCAAAAACACGUUGAUGGAUUUCAAAAGAUCAACCCAAAUGGAUAUCAACAGACUUGGUAUCAUGGGUUGCGGAGAAAUGUCGUUGGAGAGAGGUCUGUCAGAGUUUUUCGGUGUUUUUGGAACGAUUAAUGUGCUUUCUGUUGAUAUUGAUCAAGAUUCUCUUUCAGUUGGCCAACAACUGCUUCAGAAGCAUUUGACUCAACACGGAGACAUUCUCUCCUGUGAGACUGGGCUUCCGGUGCUAAUGCGAUCAUAUCUCGGUGAUAUUCUUGAACCAGACCAUCGUUUUGCAGACCUUGAUGCUAUCGUUUCUUUGGAAGUAGUCGAACACAUUCCACUCGCUGAUGCCAAGAAAUUUGUGAACAAUGUGUUGGGGAUUCUUUUGCCACGAAUUUUCAUCUUCUCUACUCCAAAUCACGAAUACAAUGCGGUAUUCGGAAUGAAGCCCGGCGAGUUUCGUCAUGAUGAUCACAAGUUUGAAAUGGAGAGAAAAGAGUUUGCCAACUGGUUGGAAGAACUUUCCAUUCGUUUCCCGCACUAUCGUAUCGAUCCACCUCACUUCAUUGGAAUGACUCCAGGAUACAAAAAUCUAAGUGGUGCAUCUCAGGCGGCAGUCUGUCGCCUUCAGGAUGACCUCAACACCACUCUCCCCCAGGAAAUUACGCCCUACGAAUCAGUUGGGCACGUGGCAUGUCGUUUGGGGAGCCGAAUGGUCGCUUAUAAUCUGGUCAGACAAGCAUUUUUGGAGUGGGUGGAGAAAGUUGAUCUUUGCCCGACAAAACUCAUUAAUGAAGGUUUCUUGCCGUACUGGAAUUUUGCGAUCUCAAACAUUCUUCAUCAUCUUCAUGCUCCAAUAAGUUUCGCAUCCACAAUUGAUGAAAAAGUGGCUAUCAAGUACAUCCAAGGGAUGACAAGCCAUAAAGUGCAUAUGGAUUGCGUCAAUGGUAUCAAUGGAAUUGCUAUCACAAAAAGCCAAACUAAGACAGAUCUUAUUGCUACAGUUCGGGAUAAUGCAAAGAAAAUUUAA